AUGUCCUGUCUGGAGGAGAACGCACAGGCGAGGAUGGACUCUGGGGACUGGGAAAGAGCUGACCCCCAGUGCGGCGCGGAAGGGCCAAGAGUGGCGAAUCAGAAACCACAGAGAUUCACCUUUCACGACCAGGACCACAAAGUAUUGGUGCUGGAUGCUAAGAAACUCAUAGCAGUUCAAAAUAAAAGCUACAUCCUCCCAGCCACCUUCUUUGUGUCCGCCUGUCACUUGAGCUCCGCCUGUGAGAAGCAGGGCAGUCCAGUGUUCCUGGCAGUGUCUAAGGAAGAGCUCUUUCUUUGCUGUGACAUGGACAAGACCAAGAGCCAGCCCACUCUCCGGCUGAAGGAGAAGAAGCUGUCCCAGCUGCUUUCUGCAAAGGGAGACCUGAAGAGCUUCGCCUUCUACCGGAUAAAGGUGGGCUGCCGGAACCUGCUCGAGUCGGCUGCUCACACCGGCUGGUUCCUCAGCACCGCCAGUUCGGGGGAACCUGUCACGAUGACACAGAAGCCCGGGAGAAAGCAAUACACCGAGUUUUCAUUUAUUCCCGUCCACAAAGUCGAAUCGUGCCCCAGCGAGGUCAGCGAGUAG